CUGUAUGCGCGAUUCAGUGACUCGCCGCCUGGGGUCGCUGUGUCUUUGUGAGCUGCUGUAGCUCCGCCCCAUACACUCGGAAAUACAACACGGUCGUUUCCGCGGAGUUCUUCCUCUUCAGCCACCGCCAUUGUGGGGCCAGGAUUGUGUGUCUAGAAUGGCGUCACACAAGACUUUCAGGAUUAAACGCUUCUUGGCCAAGAAGCAGAAGCAGAACCGGCCGAUCCCUCAGUGGAUCCGCAUGAAAACCGGCAACAAGAUCAGGUACAACUCCAAGCGCAGACACUGGAGGAGGACGAAGCUUGGCUUGUAAGAUCAGUAAUCGAAGUCUCUUCAUCAUUGAUUACAUCGGCAUCCUGCAAGCAUCACCACCCCUGCUUCUGGCCAGAUGUUUGGAGAGAUCAUGUUAUGUGGAUCAAGUCAUUUUUUGUACAGAUACUCAUAAAAUGCUGGUGACCAAUAAAAAGAUCGCACCAUAAAGGAA